AUGGCGGCGGGGAGAGCCCGGCGGCUCCUCGGUUCCCUUUGGAUCGCCCUUCUGCUCGGGCAGCCGGACCCGGCCGCCGCCGCCGCUCGGAGCAGCUCCCAAAGCCUUCUCACAGGAUCCCUUGUGAGAACCUUCACUCCUUUUUACUUCCUGGUGGAGCCGUCGGACGUUCUGUCAGUUCGGGGAGCUUCUGUGGUGCUGAAUUGUUCAGCUCAGUGUGAGACCGCUCCCAGGAUUGAGUGGAAGAAGGAUGGGACGUUCCUGAGCUUGGUGUCGGAUGACCGUCGGCAGUUGCUGCCGGAUGGCUCUUUGUUCAUCAGCAGCGUGGUGCACUCCAAGCACAACAAACCCGACGAGGGCUAUUACCAGUGCGUGGCGACGGUGGACAGCCUGGGGACCAUUGUCAGCCGCACAGCCAAGCUGACAGUAGCAGGCCUUCCCAGGUUCAUCAGCCAGCCGGAAUCAUCAUCUGUCUACAGAGGCAACAGUGCAAUCCUCAGCUGCGAGGUCAGCGCUGAGCUGGCUCCCCUGGUGAGGUGGGAGCAGGACCGCCAGGCGCUGCUCCCGGACGGCCGCCUGCUGAAGCUGCCCAGCGGAGCUCUGCUGCUCAGCAACGCCACCGACGCCGACGGGGGCCUCUACCGCUGCCUCCUCGAGAGCGGCGGCACCCCCAAGUACAGCGAGGAGGCUGAGCUCAGAGUCCUGCCAGAUCCCGAGGUGCCGCAGAGCUUGGUGUUCAUGAAGCAGCCCUCUUCACUCACCAAGGUCACUGGGCAAAGUGCAGUGUUCCCUUGUGUUGCUGUAGGAUUUCCAGCUCCUUCUAUCAGGUGGACAAGAAAUGAAGAAGAGCUUAUCACAGAAGGGGAUGAAAGACUUCUGCUGCUGGCAGGAGGCAGCCUGGCGAUCAGCGAGGUGGAGGAGGAGGAUGCUGGGACCUACACCUGCAUAGCAGAGAAUGGAAAUGAGACUAUCACAGCCCAGGCAGAGCUGGCAGUUCAAGUUCCUCCUGAGUUUCUGAAGCGACCUGCAAAUAUUUACGCCCAUGAAUCUAUGGACAUCGUGUUUGAAUGUGAGGUGGCUGGAAAACCUACUCCCACUGUCAAAUGGGUCAAGAAUGGAGACAUGGUGAUCCCAAGUGACUACUUCAAGAUCGUUAAAGAACAUAAUCUGCAAGUUUUGGGUCUGGUGAAAUCAGAUGAAGGAUUCUAUCAGUGCAUUGCAGAAAAUGAUGUUGGAAACGCACAGGCUGGAGCCCAGCUGAUAAUCCUUGACCUUGAUGUUGCCAUCCCAACAUUACCUCCCACUUCACUGACCAGUGCCACUAAUGACCAUCUAGCACCAGCUACAACAGGACCACUGCCUUCAGCCCCACGGGACGUUGUGGCCACCCUCGUCUCCACUCGCUUCAUCAGGCUGACGUGGCGGACGCCUGUGUCGGACCCUCAGGGAGACAACCUCACCUACUCAAUCUUCUACACCAAGGAAGGUAUAAACAGGGAACGUGUUGAGAACACGAGUCGUCCUGGAGAGACACAAGUGAUGAUCCAAAACCUGAUGCCAGAAACAGUUUACAUCUUCCGAGUGGUGGCUCAGAACAAGCACGGCCCCGGAGAGAGCUCUGCACCGCUCAAGGUGGCCACACAGCCCGAGGUUCAGCUUCCUGGGCCAGCACCCAACAUCCGAGCCUACGCCAGCUCCCCCACCUCUGUCACGGUCACCUGGGAGACACCGCUCUCUGGCAACGGGGAGAUCCAGAACUACAAACUCUACUACAUGGAGAAGGGGCAGGACACUGAGCAGGACGUUGACGUGGGAGGGCUCUCCUACACCAUCAGUGGCUUAAAGAAGUACACAGAGUACAGCUUCCGAGUGGUGGCUUACAAUAAGCACGGCCCUGGAGUCUCCACCCAAGACGUCGUGGUCCGGACCCUCUCUGACGUCCCCAGUGCUCCGCCGCAGAAUCUGACGCUGGAGGUCCGGAAUUCCAAGAGCAUCAUGCUGCACUGGCAGCCUCCUCCUGCAGGGACCCACAGCGGGCAGAUCACCGGCUACAAGAUUCGCUACCGGAAAGUGUCGCGCAAGAGCGACGUGACGGAGAGCAUCGGCGGCACCCAGCUCUUCCAGCUCAUCGAAGGUCUGGAACGAGGUACGGAGUACAGCUUCCGAGUAGCUGCCUUGACUGUGAACGGGACCGGACCAGCUACCGACUGGGUGUCAGCAGAGACCUUUGAGAGUGACCUGGAUGAAACUCGGGUUCCUGAAGUUCCAAGCUCCCUGCACGUCCGGCCACUCGUCACCAGCAUUGUGGUGAGCUGGACCCCACCCGAGAACCAGAACAUCGUGGUGAGAGGCUAUGCCAUAGGCUAUGGCAUUGGCAGCCCUCAUGCCCAGACCAUCAAGGUGGACUACAAGCAGAGGUACUACACCAUUGAAAACUUAGACCCCAGCUCCCACUAUGUGAUAACCCUGAAAGCCUUUAACAACGUCGGUGAAGGAAUCCCUCUGUACGAGAGCGCCGUGACCAGACCCCACUCAGACGCUUCCGAGGUUGAUUUGUUUGUUAUUAAUGCUCCAUACACUCCAGUGCCAGAUCCUUCUCCCAUGAUGCCACCAGUGGGAGUUCAGGCUUCCAUCCUGAGCCACGACACCAUCCGGAUCACUUGGGCAGACAACUCUCUGCCGAAGAACCAGAAGAUCACGGACGCUCGCUACUACACCGUGCGCUGGAAAACCAACAUCCCUGCAAACACCAAGUACAAGACUGCCAAUGCCACCACCUUGAGCUACCUGGUGACGGGGCUGAAGCCGAACACCUUGUACGAGUUCUCCGUGAUGGUGACCAAAGGUCGGCGCUCCAGCACUUGGAGCAUGACAGCACAUGGAACAACCUUUGAAUUAGGUCCUACUUCUCCUCCUAAAGAUGUGACAGUGGUGAGCAAAGAGGGGAAGCCUCGGACCAUAAUCGUCAACUGGCAGCCUCCAUCCGAAGCCAACGGCAAAAUUACAGGAUACAUCAUUUACUACAGCACGGAUGUGAAUGCUGAAAUACAUGACUGGGUCAUUGAACCUGUGGUGGGAAACAGGCUGACCCAUCAGAUCCAAGAGCUGACUCUUGAUACUCCCUACUACUUCAAAAUCCAGGCUCGCAACUCCAAGGGCAUGGGGCCGAUGUCUGAGGCGGUGCAGUUCAGAACCCCAAAAGCUGAAUCCUCAGAUAAAAUGCCCAAUGAUCAAGCCUCGGGAUCCGCAGGGAAGGGGAACCGAGCAACGGACAUAGGAGCAGACUACAAACCACCUCUUGGUGGCAGUAACAGUCCCCAUGGAAGUCCUACCUCUCCCCUGGACAGCAACAUGCUCCUUGUGAUCAUAGUGUCUGUUGGAGUGAUCACCAUUGUGAUCGUGGUGAUAGUCGCCGUCUUCUGUACUCGCCGGACAACUUCUCACCAGAAAAAGAAACGAGCUGCCUGCAAAUCAGUGAAUGGCUCCCACAAGUACAAAGGGAACUCCAAAGAUGUCAAACCUCCUGACCUUUGGAUCCAUCACGAAAGACUGGAGCUGAAACCCAUCGAUAAGUCUCCGGAUCCCAAUCCGAUCAUGACAGACACCCCGAUCCCUCGCAACUCCCAGGACAUCACCCCAGUGGAUAAUUCCAUGGACAGCAACAUCCAUCAGAGGCGGAAUUCCUACAGAGGGCAUGAGUCAGAGGAUAGCAUGUCCACCCUGGCAGGAAGAAGGGGGAUGAGACCCAAGAUGAUGAUGCCUUUUGAUUCCCAACCACCUCAGCCUGUGGUUAGUGCUCAUCCCAUCCAUUCACUUGAUAACCCUCACCAUCAUUUCCACUCCGGCAGCCUCGCUUCUCCAACUCGCAGCUAUCUCCAUCACCAGGUCAACCCGUGGCCCAUUGGCACAUCCAUGUCCCAUUCAGACAGGGCCAAUUCCACAGAGUCGGUCCGGAACACGCCGAGCACGGACACCAUGCCAGCUUCCUCCUCUCAGACCUGUGCUGACCACCAGGAGCCUGAGAGCACCACAGGCUCCUACCUGGCUAAUGCACAAGAGGAGGACACGGCUCAGAACCUGCCCACGGCCCACGUCCGUCCUUCCCACCCACUGAAGAGCUUCGCGGUGCCGGCAGUGCCGCCGGCAGGCUCCACCUAUGACCCAGCCUUGCCAAGCACACCACUGCUGACUCAGCAAGCUCCCACCCAUCCCGUUCACUCGGUGAAGACAGCGUCGAUCGGGACUUUGGGCAGGACUCGCCCCCCCAUGCCAGUGGUAGUUCCCAGUGCCCCUGACGUGCAGGAGACCACCAGGAUGCUGGAGGACUCGGAAAGCAGUUACGAACCGGACGAGCUGACCAAAGAGAUGGCCCACCUGGAAGGACUUAUGAAGGACCUUAAUGCCAUCACUACAGCAUGACCACCUUUCACCAGGACAUGACUCCAGUUUCACAAGUCUUGGGACUCAGCCUUGGAACACAAGGAAUUGUACAGAGGUAAC